GGUGAUUUCAGAGUGUCGCUGAUACUGGAAUCAGCUCCGGCUUGAGUUGGGAGCGCACCCUGUUCUGUCAGGCUCGAGGAGCACUUGAGAAUAAGCCUGGGAACAGAGGCUGACGAAUCGGGACGAAUUAGCUGCAGUGUUCCGCGUUUUGGAUUACACUUGUUUUAUGUUUCAGAUGCAUGGAUUUUGUGCUUGGGUUGGCGCCGUGAACCAAGAUAAAUGUUGGAAAGAAUUUAAGAAUGCAGUGACCUAUGAUGAUGUGCAUGUUGACUUCACUUGGGAAGAGUGGAAGUUGCUGGAUCCUUCACAAAGGAAUCUCUACAAAGAGGUGAUGCUGGAGACCUACAGGAACCUCAUUACUAUAGGAUACAGUUGGGAAGACCAUAAUAUUGAAGAACGUUGUCAAAGUUCCAGAAUUCAUGGAAGCCACAAAAGAAGUCAUACUGGAGAGAAACCCUAUGAAUGUAAUCAAUGUGGUAAAGGCUUUGCACAUCACCGUAAUCUUCAAAUGCAUAGAAGAACACAUACUGGAGAGAAACCCUAUGAAUGCAAUCAAUGUGGUAAAGCCUUUACACAACACAAUCAUCUUCAAAGACAUAAAAGAAUACAUACUGGAGAAAAACCUUAUGAAUGUAAUCAAUGUGGUAAAGCCUUUGCAGUACAUGGUAAUCUUCAAACACAUAAAAGAACACAUACUGGAGAAAAGCCCUAUGAAUGUAAUCACUGUGGUAAAGCUUUUACACAAUGCAGUUCUCUUCAAAUGCAUAAAAGAACACAUACUGGAGAGAAACCUUAUGAAUGUAAUCAGUGUGGCAAAGCCUUUGCACAAUGCAGUUAUCUUCAAAUACAUAAAAGAAUACAUACUGGAGAGAAACCUUAUGAAUGUGAUCUGUGUGGUAAAGCCUUUGCACAUCAUGCCAGUCUUCAGAUGCAUCUUAAAGUGACACAUACUGUAGAGAAACAAUAUGAAUGUAAUCCAUGUGGUAAAGCCUUUGCACGACAUGGUUGUCUUCAAAUACAGAAAAGAACUCAUAUGGGAGACAAAACCUAUGAAUGUGAUCAAUGUGGUAAAACCUUUGCACAUCACAGUUCUCUUCAAAUACAUAAAAGAACACAUACUGGAGAGAAACCUUAUGAAUGUAAUCAGUGUGGUAAAGCCUUUACACAACGUGGUCAUCUUCAAGGGCAUAAAAAAUCACAUACUGGAGAGAAACCAUAUGAGUGCAAUCAAUGUGGUAAAGCCUUUGCACAUUACAGAAAUUUUCAAAUACACAAAAGAACACAUACUGGAGAGAAACCCUAUGAAUGUAAUCAAUGUGGUAAAUCCUUUACACGAUGCAGUGGUCUUCAAAUACAUAAAAGAACACAUACUGGAGAAAAACCUUAUGAAUGUAAUCAAUGUGGUAAAGCCUUUACAUGCCAUUCCAGUCUUCAAGUGCAUUUUAAAGGAAUACAUACUGGAGAGAAACCUUAUGAAUGUAAUCUAUGUGGGAAAGCCUUUGCCUAUCACAAUUAUUUUAAAAUUCAUAAAAGAACACAUACUGGAGAGAAACCCUUUGUAUGCAAUCAGUGUGGUAAAGCCUUUGCACAACAGAGUCAUCUCCAGCGCCAUGAAAGAACACAUACUGGGGGUGUGAGUCUAGGACCUUUUAGGAACUAGGCCUGAGCCAGGACCUCUGCCAGUCUGGGUGUAAGUGAAGAUGGAUCCUCCAAGGGUAUAGGCAGAAAUCAGAAAUCUCGGCAGGACCAGGCAUGAGUCUGUGACCUCACGGAGAGUAUGCCUGAGCCAGGACCUUUAUGCGUUAGGGCAUUGGUCUGGGACAUCAAAGGAAAUAGUUAGAAACCUGGAACCUCUGCAGGUCCGAGUGUGAGUCUGGGACCUCUGAGGAAGUAAGCAGGUCCUCUGCAGGUUUGGGCACACUCGAGCCUGGGACCUCUGAAGCAGUAGGCCAGAACCAGAAACCUUUCCAGGUCCAACUCCAAACCAGGGACUUCUGCAGGAGAGAAGCCAGACCAGGAUUUACAGAUACAGGUCAAAGCAGACAACCUAGACCAAAGUUGCCCUGAGGCAAGGAACUCCAUCUUGGGCCACAAAUUCCACAGUAGUGCAACUGAAUGAGACACCUAGGACAGAGAGGGCCUGAGAAAACAAGCUCCACCAGUAGCAGAAGCCAGGAGGAAAUCCAGUCCUGGGAGCCAACCCAGUCGUAGAACACUGGCAGAUCAGAACUGAGCAAGCGACCAAAUCCAGAAUCAAUGAGCUCCACCAGAACAGGUCCAACUCCAAGCCAGGGACUUCUGCAGGAGGGGAUCCAGACCAGAAUUUAAAGAAACACGUCAAAGCCAGCAACCUAGGCCAAAGUAGGCCUGAGAUGGCAAACUCUAAGGGAGCGGAGCAAAGCACAGGACCGCUGAGCUAUCUCCAAGAACAGGAGUAACCAAUGCGAUAACUAAAACUGUGACCCUGACUGUACCAUGAGGAACAACCAUCUGAGCUUUGGAUUCACUGGCACCUAGAAGAUUAUUCAACAGAAUAUCAGGCAGCUCCAGCCACACCAAUUAAAGGAAAAGAUGAGUAGAAAAGGUAAGAUCACAUGCUACAGCACAACAAGCAAAACAAUAGCAGUAAAACCUAAAGACCUCACAACAGCAAAACCUGAGCAAGCAAAUAUGGAUGAACCAGAAGAAAAUGACCUAAGAAAUAACUUCA